UCCCCUGCUGUCCUCAGCUGGGAAGGACACUCCACCCCUGACGCCCCCAGCGAAGCCACGGCAGGGCAGAAAGGGGAAGGAAGUGAUCGACGGCUCUUACCGCAGAAGCAGGAGGCGGAGAGGGGAGGGGAGCGGGCCCCUCCGCUUGGCGUCUGCUCAGGACACAGCGGCGGGGCAGAGGCGCGUCUGUCGCGGGCGACGGACGGGGCGUCCGGCAUGGCAGCCACCCGAGAAGAACAUCCUUAUGCAUGUGAUGUGCUGAUUGUGUAUGGGAAUGAUGCCAAUGAAUGGUGCCAGUACCUUCAGAGCCUCUUCCACUCGUGCUAUGAAGUCCAAAGCUAUCCAAUGGAGUGUGGAGCAGUUAUUUCCACGGAGAAGCUUGACCUCUUCAAACACAGCAAGUGUAUUGUUAUUCUACUAUCCUCUGAACUGGUCCAGAACUUCUAUAUUCCUGCUGUCCUUCAGAGCCUGCAGAAUGUUCUUCAGCCACCACAUAAAGUGGUGAAGCUGUUCUGUGGUGUUUCAGAAUGUGAGACUUACAAAGACUUUUUCAAAGACUGGCCCCAAUGGAAGCACCUUACCUACGAUGAUGACUCUGAUGCCUACAUAGCAGCUGUCACGAAGACCAUUUCUGAAGGAGAUUCCGGUUGUGACUCGGUUACAGAUGCAGAAAUGGAAGAUGACCGAGACCUCUCUGACUCGUGCAAUAUUACAAUGAGUCGGCAGCAUGAAAAACGACUAGGAAAGCUGGUUGCAGUGCAGCCGGAUCGCAUACGCUGUGGGGUGAAGACAAUUGUUUACAUCAUCUUGAAAUGUAAGCUGGACAACAAAGUAAAAAUGGAAGUGGAACUUUCCUCUAACAGCUGUCAGCCAGUACGAGUACAGGCCAGGAUGGAGAAUGAGUACACGGUCUCAGUUUGCACACCCGAAUUGCCACCUGGAACUGUAUGCCUACGGUUGUUUUCUGGUGAUUUAGUGAUAGUUGAAACAAGAAUCAGCUAUUACACUGAUAUGGAGGAAAUUGGUAACUUGCUGACUGCAUCUGCAAAUCCCGUGGAAUUCAUGUGUCAGGCAUUUAAAAUAGUACCUUACAGCACAGAAGCUCUGGACAAAAUUCUGACUGAAUCGUUGAAAAAGAACCUUCCAGCCUGUGGUUUGCACCUUUUUGGGAUCAACCAACUCGAGGAAGAAAACAUUACUAGCCAGAGGGAUGAAGAGUUACCAACAUUACUACAUUUUUCAGCAAAAUAUGGGCUGAAAAAACUCACUGCCCUUCUGCUUACAUGCCCAGGAGCCUUACAAGCCUAUAGUGUUGCCAAUAAGCAUGGCUGGUAUCCAAACAACCUUGCAGAAAAACACGGAUUCAAAGAUCUCCGGCAAUUUAUUGAUGAAUAUGUGGAGACUGCAGACAUGCUGAAAAGUCACAUAAAAGAAGAGCUGAUGCAGGGCAAGGAAGGUGACUCUGUUUAUGAGUCCAUGGCUCACCUCUCCACAGAUCUGCUAAUGAAAUGUUCCCUGAAUCCUGGUUGUGAUGAGGAGCUCUAUGAAUCCAUGGCUGGCCUGGUUCCCAGUGCCACAGAAGAUUUGUAUGUAGAAAUGCUUCAGACAGAAGCUAGUAACCCCUUUCCACAGACAACAAAGGACUACAUGAUGCGCAAGUUCUUAGAAGGUGUUAGUGUCGAUGUGCCAGAGCCAAAGGAGGAUAUAUAUCAUAAAUGUGAAGAUGAAGAAGUUUACCACACUGUGGAGCAGGACAAUUACCCUCAAGAGCUGGUUAACAGACCACCUGUUCCUGUCCCAAGACCCGAUCCCUCCUUGAAACAACAGGACAAGCAAUCAUAUAUUUAUAAAGGUGACUGCAUGAUUUUCUUAUCUUGCUUUAUCCCCUUCACAGAGGUCGUACAUAAUACAGCCUCUAACCAGUCAUCUUCGAGCAGUAUAUAUGAUCCAUUUGCUGGGAUGAAAACCCCUGGCCAAAGGCAUUUAAUAACUUUACAGGAGCAAGUGAAGCUGGGAAUUCUUACUGUGGAUGAAGCUGUUUUGUGUUUCAAGGAAUGGCAAUUAAACCAGAAAAGGAGAUCAGAAUCAUUUCGCUUCCAGCAGGAAAACCUACAAAGAUUGCGAGAGAGCAUCACUCGACGACAAGUAGAGAAGCAAAAGGCUGGCAAACCUGGAGAUUUGGAAAUCACUGUACCAGCUGGACAUACCCAAAAUAUCCCCAGUAAACCAGAAUGUGCUGUAUAUGAAUUUAGCCCUCGGAAAAAUUUCAUCCCACCAAGUAAAGGGAUAAAGCGAGGGGACUGGAAAACAGAAAGUACAUCAAGCACUGCAAGUAGUUCAAGUAACCGCUCCAGUACACGAAGUAUACUGAGUGUCAGUAGUGGGAUGGAUGGAGACAAUGAGGAUAAUGAAUUCCCAGAGGUGAAAAGAAAUGUCCUCCCUGGGGCUCAGCAAGCCGACAGGCAAUCCUCCUUGGCACCUGGAAGGCCUCCAAGAAUACCUCCUCGAGUUGCUAGCAGGCCUCUCAGCGCUGACAAUUUCCACGCUCCACCUGUGCCCCCCAGAGGUCGUGAAAUGCCACGCUAAAUCUUCAUUUCAUACAGCUCGAAUGUAGUAAAGUAUGACUUGGAUUCAUAAGGAUGGCAUUUGAAUGACUGUGAUACAGCAUCAGAUCUCUCUUCCCUCAGUGAAAUGAAUAACUUUGGCAUAGCCAAUGACUGAAAACAGUCAAGGUUGAAAGGAGAAAAAAAUGGAGACUUCAAACAAAAGUGGCUUUUCAGUACAUUACAGCAUGCGCACACACAAAUCACAUUGAUGUAACUUAAUAGAAACUGUCUUCAUUGUCUCCAAGCAAUACCAGACCAAAGGUGCCUUGAUUAUUUUCUGAAUAAUGCCUUUCAAAAAAAAAAUGGUGCGCACACAGACACACACAAUCAGAAAAUCUUCUUGGGACAUCUACAAAAGAGACAUAAAACUGUGCUUUAAAAAAACAGUAUUUCCAUGGUGCAGUGACAGAUCUAUGUGCCCUGAACACUGGAGUAACUCCAUUAAAAUCUUCCCAAAUGUUUUGGGUCAUGAUUCUGAGGAACCAUCUACAUUGCUAUAUAAUCCAGUUUUUGAAUCCAGAUUAUUUGCUUUGAACUGGAUUAUAUGGCAGUGUAGACUCAUAUAAUACAGUCCAACACAUUUAGAAACUGGAUUAAAAGGCAGUGUAGAUUCAGCCUAAAUGUCAGAUUGCUAAACUGAUACAUGAGGUUGCUUUUCAGGUAACAUAAUAAGCAACAUUGAGCAGUGUUUCCCAGAUUACGUUUUACAUACAAACAAGUAAGAUCUUUGUAGAAUCCAUGGGUUCUCCGUAAAUUGACAAGUGACUUGAAGGCACAUAUCCACACAAAAGUCUAUGCUUGCCGUAGCUGUCUAUUACUUCAGUAGUAAUCUGUGAAAAGCGUGCUUGCUAUGUAUGGAUAUAUGGAAGCCAUCCAUAAAAUGUAUGCACGGAGGUACGAUGUAAACAUGGUUUUACAAGUUCAGCAUUGCUUCCGACAAAGGGGAGACAGUGAUUAGGACAAAAGUCAAUAGGGACAGAGAGGCUUUAAGACAAGGAAUCCCAUGGUGGACCUCUGAAGGGAAGCAAAUGGUAGUAAGAAGAGCAGCAUAGAAUUAAAAUGGGAGAAGAGCCUCCUGCAGCAGACAGGCAGUUUUCUUUCUUUCUGUUUCUGUUGCCAUGCAAUCCAGGCAACAUCCUAAAAAUGGUUUAGAAUAUGAUUUUCUGUCCCUUGGUAUGUUAAAAACAGGCACCUGUGCUAAAGUAAUUUUACAAAAGAUAGAUACAAUUUGGAAAAAAUAUAUCAUGAAGCUCAUUCUCAAGGUCACAUCUCAUUCUCUGGAGGGGCUGAACUACUUUUAGGCCCCUUCCACACAGCUGUAUAAAAUCCACAUUGAACUGGAUUAUAUGGCAGUGUGGACUCAGAUAAACCAGUUCAAAGCAGAUAUUGUGGAUUAUCGGCCUUGAUAUUCUGGGUUAUAUGGCUGUGUGGAAGGGCCUUAGAAGAACUCUCACGUCUCCAAAAACACAGUGAUUUGGACAUACUAUUUACUGUGCUAUCAAACAUAUGGAAAUGGAGGUCUACUUUUGAUAUAAUCAAAUGAGGUAAGAGCUUGAGCAGCAAAAACAAGAAUAAUUAUGAGAAAGAUGACUUAAUAAUUUCAAAUAGCUAAUGUAAGCUUAUUACAUAUUAUCUACCUCCUGUUCUAUAAAGCACUGCUUCUCAAACUGUGAGUCAUGAAAUAUUUGGCAACAAACUUUUUUGAACUGUUUUAAACUUUUAAAUGGAUCUCUUGUGCAGUGUUUACAGUGGACUCUGCAGGAGAUGCUUCAGCUGCACUUCAUAAAAAGAUAAAUCAGCCUGUUUGGCAAGCCUUGCAAAUAAGGAUUUGUUAUCUGUAAAUGUUGAUUUUUAGACCUAUUUAAAAUACCUAUAUACCUGGGGUCUUGUAAAAAAUUUCUCAAGCAGGAAGGGGUCCUGAGUGGAAAAGUUUUAAAAGCCCUGCUAUAAAGUAAUGCAUAGGCUUUAAAUCAGCGUAUUAUUACUAUUAUUGUAGCAGUUUGUUUGUAACUUUUCAGAACUAUCUUACAAGCAUGAAGGGUCCGUUUAAUUUCAGCCUUCUAAUGGUUUCCUGAAGGCCAUAGAAGUCUCUCCUGGUUAGACUCCUUUGUUGGUUCUCGUUUUGCCACUAGCAGUUACCAACUAUCACUGUUACAGUACAUCCUAUUGCAAGAUAUUAUUUCGUCAGAGAGAAAGGAGGCUACUUCCACCCAUACCAAUGAACUGACUCUCCUCUGCACUAAACAGACCUAUUCAGUUGGAUGGUAUGACAACUGUAGACUUCAAAAUGAAAGAUAUCCAGAGAGCAGAACAAUAAACCAACACAAUCACAAAUGCCAGACGUUUCUGUGUAUGACCUUUGAUGCGCAGUAUCCAUUUCAGUCAUAAGAACAUGGAAAAAGUCUACCUUUAGUAUGCUGUUCAUCUGUCCUCCUGGAGCCCCCAGAGGCGUGGGCUCAAUGUGCCGGCAGAACCGAUGCCCGAAAGGUCAGCGGUUCAAAUCUAGAGAGAGCAGGCUGAGCUCCCUCUGUCAGCUCCAGCUCCCCAUGUGGGGACAUGAGAGAAGCCUCCCACAAGGAUGAUAAAAUAUCAAACAUCCGGGCAUCCCCUGGGCAACGUCCUUGCAGAUGGCCAAUUCUCUCACAGCAGAAACAACCUGCAGUUUCUCAAGUUCCUCCUAACACGAG